AGAAACAAUCAAAGAAACAGGCAAGAGGCGGCAUUUGAGGCUUUGACUCCAUCUUCACCUACCCAAUAACUUCACGAACAGAAGCAACAAACAACCUUUGUGCUUUUUUGCUAAUCUACAAAAGAAGAAGAGCUGCGAUGAUGAUGAUGAUGAUUUGAUAAAUUCAUGGCGACAGAGGCUGCUAAGAGAGCUGCAGAGGCAGCCGUGAAAUGUAUUGGUCUAGGAUACGAUCUCACCGAGGAUUUACGCCUCAAGUACUGCAAGUGGAACUCUUCGCGUUUGAUAUCAAUCGAUGAUUCUCGAGUUCGUGACAUCACGAUCCCUUGUUCUGGCGUUGUCGGUGGUGGAAACGGUGGCGGUGUUUCCAUUCCGAAUGUUUCGAAGUCUAUCAAGUGCGAUAAAGGAGAGCGCUCCAGACUAAGAUCUGAUAUUCUUUCUUUUCAACAGAUGUCUGAGCAGUUCAACCAGGAGCUAUCUACUUCUGGAAAAAUUCCAUCAGGUCAUUUCAAUGCUGCAUUUGAGUUCACUGGAAUUUGGCAGAAAGAUGCUGCCAACACUAAAACCCUUGCUUUUGAUGGUGUCUUCAUCACGCUUUACAAUAUUGCUCUAGAAAAAUCCCAGGCAGUGCUUUGUGAUCACAUCAAACAAGCUGUGCCAUCCUCAUGGGAUCCUGCUGCUCUGGCAAAGUUUAUUGAGAAAUAUGGUACCCAUGUCAUUGUUGGUGUGCGGAUGGGGGGAAAAGAUGUCAUAUAUGUGAAGCAGCAGUAUCCAUCACUGGUUGAGCCAGUGGAUGUACAAAAAAAAUUGAAGGAGAUGGCAGAUAAGAUACUCCUAGAUGGAACUGGACGGUAUUCCAGAAACUCCGAUAAAUUACGAGAGAGGGCGAAGUUUGCUAAGGAGCAAGGACUUGCCCUGGUGGACCCAUUUUCAUCUGGUUCUUACUCCCAUAUGGAGUCUCAGGAUAUGAAAUUCAUGUGCAAAAGGAAAGGUGGAUCAGAAAAAAGUUCAUCCCACGACGACUGGUGUCAUACUGUGCAGUCUGAGCCUGAUGUCGUGUCAAUGUCCUUCAUCCCAAUCAUAUCAUUAUUGAGUGGAAUUCAUGGGAGUGGAUAUCUGACCCAUGCCAUUAAUCUCUAUCUUCGUUAUAAGCCCCCAAUUGAAGAACUACACCAAUUUUUGGAGUUUCAGCUUCCAAAGCAUUGGGCGCCUGUGUUUGGUGAGCUUGCAGUUGGUCCUGAUAAAAGACAAAGUAGUGCGUCCUUGCAAUUGAGCUUCAUGGGUCCCAAGUUAUAUGUUAAUACAAUACCAGUAGAAGUUGGUAAGAAACCAGUGACUGGGGUUAGGUUGUAUUUAGAAGGGAAAAGAAACAACUGCUUAGCAAUUCACUUGCAGCACCUUUCCUCACUGCCAAAUAGUUUUCAACUUGAGGAUGAGCCAAAUGGAAGCAUCUCCCAUCCAUCAAACGACCGAAGGUACUAUGAGAAGGUUCAGUGGAAGAGCUUUUCUCAUAUCUGUACAGCCCCAGUUGAGUCCGAUGAGGAUCUAUCGAUAGUCACUGGUGCUCACUUUGAGGUUGGAGACUCCAGCCUUAAGAAAGUUUUGUUCCUACGGCUGCAAUUCUCUAAAGUUAUUAGCGCAGCAACUGUGAGGAGGACCGAGUGGGAUGGCUCCCCAGGUUUGGCCCAGAAAUCUGGAAUCAUCUCAACCCUGAUUAGCACUCGUUUCUCAACUGCUCAAAAACAGACUCCACCACCACUUGACGUGAACAUAAACUCAGCUCUCUACCCGGAAGGACCUCCGGUGCCUGCCCAGGCUACUAAACUUCUAAGAUUUGUUGACACAACAGAGAUGACAAGAGGACCGCUAGAUUCACCAGGAUACUGGGUUGUAUCCGGUGCAAAGCUUCAUGUAGAGAAGGGCAAAAUUUCUCUCCGUGUCAAGUAUUCUCUUUUGAGUACGGUUUUGCCUGAUGAUGUGUCAAUGGAGUUCUAAGUACUUACUGAGUGGCAGAAGAGCUCAGGACUCAUCAGAAAGGUUGGCCUAAACCGAUGGGCCGAGGCCAAGAUACCGGACAAUUGGGCAGAGAGAUUUCUAUGGCCCAAAAGCAGCUCCAUUUUAAGCUGGAUCUAACAGCUUAUCAUCGGGCCCGGUAAAAGUAUAGGCUUGCGCAGCCUUUUCAGACCUGUGGGUCGAGCCCAGCUUUCAGCAUUGUCGUCGAAUCUAAAUCACGAACUUGAGUUUGUAUUAAAACUUGGCUCGGCCCGCACUUUCUAUGCAUAUUUGAAAAUUUAAAGAGCUUUUAUACAUGGGCCCGGCCUCAUUUGAAAGGUUGCCCAAAAAGUUAGGCUCGGCCCAAA